CCCGCAGGCAUGGCGGCCGGCCUUGCAGGGCUCUACGGGCCCUCCAUGGGCCUAACCCGGAGCUUCCGCGCCGCCAGGGCGUUGCUCCCGGCUCCGACCUCUAUCGCCUGCUGGCUCCCCACGGACGUGGGCCGGCAGCGGAGCACGGGGCCUUCCGAGCCUCCAAAGUUCCAGCCGCCGCCGAAGCCCGUCAUCGUGGACAAGCGUCGAGUCCCGGACCAGGACAGGAGGUUCUUGAGUCCUGAAUUCAUUCCUCCAAGGGGAAGAACAAAUCCUCUGAAAUUCCAGCUAGAAAGAAAAGAUAUGCUAGAAAGGAGAAAAGUACUUCACAUUCCAGAGUUCUAUGUUGGAAGCAUACUUCGUGUCACCACUGCUGACCCAUAUGCCAAGGGAAAAACCAGCCAGUUCCUGGGGAUUUGUAUCCAGAGAUCAGGAAAAGGAUUUGGAGCAACUUUCAUCCUUAGGAAUACUAUUGAAGGACAAGGUGUUGAGAUUUGCUUUGAACUUUAUAAUCCUCGAAUCCAGGAGAUCCAAGUGGUGAGAUUAGAGAAACGGCUGGAUGAGAGCUUGCUGUACUUGCGAGAUGCCCUCCCUGAAUACAGCACUUUUGAUAUGAAUAUGAAGCCAGUAACACGAGAGCCUAGUAAAGAAGUUCCUGUUAAUAAGCUGCAAGUGAAAAUGAAGCCCAAGCCCUGGUCCAAACGCUGGGAACGUCCAUAUUUUAAUAUUAAAGGAAUCAGAUUUGAUCUUUGUUUAACAGAAGAACAGAUGCAAGCGGCUCAGAAGUGGAGUCAGCCGUGGCUCGAGUUUGAUAUGAUGAGGGAAUAUGAUACUUCAAAAAUUGAAGCUGCAAUAUGGGAUGAAAUCGAAGCAUCGAGAAAGUCCUGAGCCGAGGGGAAUCCAAUUCCUAGCAGAGCACGUGUUGACUCUCAGGACCGACUUUGAGACCACUUUACUUCACUUGUAAGAGUACAGUUGUUAAACAGACUGAACACUCAUUACUUUAUUAGUAUUUUUAAAAAUAAAAUUAUGACAUGCUUAUUAUCCUAAAGAGAGAUGUUCACAGUGCUUGGUCUGCUACCCCUUUCCUUACUGAAGGCAAAGCUACCGCAGAGACCAAAGCAUCCGCAGAAUGCUCCGACGUGAGCUCGUGGACUCUGGGCAAGCGCAAAGGGUGG